AUGGCUCAAACGCCGGAAAAGUGCUGGAUCGAUCUCAACGCAGAGGAAUUUAUACCUUCAGGACCCAAGAAGAAGAAAAGAAGCAGUCGUCUAGUGGUUUGUACUAAACGGCAGAUUCUGAUGCUUUUUCGAAGGGUUCCAUGCAAACUCCUCCUCCCACUGAAGAUUCGGGCUCUAUGCAAGAGUCUAGCGAGCAGGAUAACUCGACUAGCCCGAAGGAAGAAACGUCUGCCGAGAGAAACGAAAAAAACAUGAAGACUUCUUUGGUCUUCGAGGAAUAG